UCUCGUUGCGACGUGUUUGGCUUCUGCCUACCGCCGAACGUUACUCCUUUCAAGACAGCUGAACCUCUCUGGACUUAGAGGUUCAAAUAAAUGUUCCGAAAUUACCUCUGUGUCGAGGUUGUGAUCCUGCUCCUGCUGUCGCACGUGGGCUGGAACGGGCCGUCGUCUCCUCGUGUGCAGCCCUGUUCCCGGGCUCAAUCUCGCAUUGCACGAGGUCUGAUACGACGACGGUUCACCAACACAUUGCAGCGGUACCGCGUUCCCUUGAGCCCCGAGUGCCCCUUCCACCCGACCAGAGACGUCUUCUGGUGGCCACAAGCUGAGGACUCUGACUGGAGCUGUCCUGUUUGUGGCCAAGAUUUCUUUUGCGAAGAAAGCCUUACCAGUCACUGGGACAAGGCGCAUGCCCCCCACGCACCAAAGCCUGAAGAUGGAGUUUGUUUGGCAGACUACUGCGACAUCUUGCGCUGCGAUGUACUUGGUCCUAGGCUCGUAAUCACGAAGCAAGAUUAUCAAGAGCAAAUACAACCGUCAAAGACAAAACGAAACUGUGAGGGUGCCGCCGCUGCCAUUGAUCCCAGGUGCUCCUGUGACGAGAAGCGCAUGCAGGCGCUCCAGCACAAGUGCAGGAUCGUUAUCCAGCAGUGUGUAAUGGGCCUACUUUCAGCUCUCUCUGUAAAAGAUUUUCAAGACAUUGAGGAAGAACUGAACAAUGGGAUUUGCUCCUACCUUACUUGCAAUAAAUACUGGGACGACUCUGUUGAUGAGGUGCAUCAUGUUCCAGUUUUCCUCGGCAUUUUAAUUGGAAGCAUCCUCGUAGGUGGAUUCUUCCUGUGCUAUUACGUCGUCUGGGUCCUGUUCAAUUUCUUUGGCAGUCCCCCACCAUAUGAAGAGGUGUACUGCAAUGGCGGUUUGCACUUCUCGAACUUUGGUAAUAUCCAUCACAGUCAAUCGCUGCGCACACAUCAAUGUCCCUGCUGCUCACCAGUUACAACUGCUCACAACAAUUACUAUCCCAGAAGACACUACAUGGGCCGACGGUGACACCUACAUCAGCCAGAGCGCACUUCGUUGCUGUGCACAGCGCCUGUCGAAUGACGGAAGCUAGAAGGGCACUUCCUCCACCUCCUUUACAAUGCACAGCACAAUGCAAGACUAGUAGUCCGGGAUAUCACCCUGUGGAAGAAAUGCCAGAUGCAAUACUGCACCAUGCUCCACACAUCUUGCCGCAAAGUGCAGGUAAUAUGCACCGCAACGGUAUUAUCGCAACAUGUUCAGUGCACUGUAAUGUGCAUGCGUGAGUUACAUAACUAUGUUGCACAGGAAGUUCUUUACUGUACACCUGGCGAAACCCGUUCGUACUUGACAGUGACUGGCACUCGUAAUGUUAGUGCAAGUUGCUGUCCGAACUGCCCUGCCUUUUUGGUUAGGAGCAAGCUAUCAUUUCGGAAAUUUCUGUGUGGUGAGUUACACGUGAUAACAUUGACGUACCGUAUGGCUACGGCAAAUGACCGACGGCCGAAUUUCACUUUCCCUUUCCCUUUUCACACCUUUACACUGAUGGUCCCAUUUUAACCGAAAACCGUUUCCAUGGAGCUGUUUUUCUACUCAUUAACAGCAGCGUUUGUGAUUAUUGGAACUGAAUACGGCGAUGCAGCCUGUCAUCUGAACGAUACAGCAUGGUAGUGGAGUUCAGUUUAUGUGGACAGCAUAUCAUUUCGUUUUUCACUUUCGAAACCUACAUGUAUAUAUAUUUAUAUAUAUAUAUUCUGAUAUAUUAAGGUUGCUUGCAUGGCAAAUCACGUUACGAAGUGAUCGUCGAUAACAGUGUGAGAAGCACGUGGAUGUCUUCAUGUGCCACAGCUAUCUUAAAAGCGAUAUCGAAACUAUUAUAGUAAAAACCAAUUUUGCCUACAAAACGCAGUUAACUAUGUGGAUAGUUUAUAGGUUACACAACUAAUUUUUUUUUUUUAACUAGAAGUACCGAGUAUAAAAUGGCCUCGAAUAUGCGGCCACCCCAUGCAGUUUGUCUAACGCUCCUCGAGCCAUGGUUUGUUUCCAUAUAAUCUACCUAUAGGAAGACAGGAGACCGAAGAGAAGAGAGGAUACUUUUCCUUGCAUGAACGGCGCUUUACAGCGUUUGCUUAGGUUGCUGCAUUGUUAGAUUUCUGCAAUACUAUACUAUGUAUUUCCAAAAUCAGAGGUUUGCUUGUUAAAACAUUAUUUCUAGUUUUUCACCCCAUUACUCACGUUUGACAGCAAUAUCAAAGUACAAGUUUCAUACACAACUAGGCUAUUGCUACUCUUUCUUCAUAGCGUUUACUUCCUUCUUGUGUACAAAAACUCCGUUCAAGUAAGGCUAAAACUAGAAUCAGAACAGGCCAAUUGAGGGAGACUGCUAGAAAAUCGAUUAUGUUUACAGCCGUGAAAUUUAUUCGUGGGAUUUCUUAACACUUUCCAGUACAGUAACAGUGCAUGAGUUUCGCCGACUAGAGAAUGUCAGUGAACCGCACUUCGGCAUCUCAACUCCGCGCUGCGGUCUGUUGGCGUUUCUUAGACUGUGGAACGCUAGGGAACUUCCCGCCUAUAACCGCAUGGCGAAAAAAAAAGCCUGAUCAUGCGGGCGACAAGUAAAUUAGACCUGCUUUACUUCAUUUGCUUUAAAGUACGGCGUGAAUUCAUCCCGAGGCCUUUUGGCACUUCGACGGGUGAACAGGGAACAAUCAUUGAACCUUGGUAAAUCAUCAGCACUGAAAAUUAUUACCGUUUUGGGAAGUAGUGCUUUGUUCCGAACUGUAGCUCGAGAUAAUGGUUGCACAAAUAUGCAACCGUGCAAGCUUCUAAAGUUUACGACACAUGUUUGUAUUAUCCUAUAAAGUAAGGCGCAUAGCUGAGUAUUACGAACUAUGCCUACGUGUAGGAUUAUCAUAUUUUCACAUUCGUGACGUGCUGUGUUUUGUAUUUACGAAAUGUAAAAUUAUACUUGAGGGCAUGGCGUUUUUCAUUGCUUGUGUGCAAUAGUACCACUUUCGCGCUGUACUACGUUAUAUGUGACUAGAAUAGGCAUGGUAGAGAACAACGCAAUAGAGAACACGAGGUGUGUAUUAAUGCACAAUACUAAAUUUUAUUGGUGGUGCAUCGUUGAAUUUGCUAAGUGCUUAGCGCACUAGAGUGUGCGUUAGACAGAAAGAUUAAGCUGUAGAUUCAAAAGUAUUUUUGAUAUAAAACAGUUUAGAAACAUCAAGUGCCCAAGGAAAUAUGAAAUGUGAUCAUGUACGUUCAAAAUGAUGACAUGGAGGCUGUAGUACAACCCUAUCGUCGUGUUCGCUGUUAAUGAGAUGCAAAAAUAUUUGUAUGAGCCUAGUGCUCCAGGCGCUGUGAUGGUAUAUUUAGAAGGAUGUAUGGCGAAAUUUUGUGAAAGCAAACUAAAAUUAUGUGUCUAGUGUAUACCUGACCUUUGUAUAACUAGUUCAUCGUGCGCACACCUCAUUUGUCUUCUUAGUAAGUUCCUUGGGUGUGUGCGCGCUUCCAGAGGAAUCACGCAGACCUUGCAAGCUGGAACCUUGCAAUUCCUUUUUCUUUGCUAUGAACGUUGAAGUUCUCAAUUGUUGAGGGAAAUAAAUAAUGAAUUACAUAUAUUCGUUGCAGUAAAUGAUAGCUCGUUUUAAGUGCACAAUGUGCAGCUGUAUAACAUUGUGUACCCUCUAGCUGACUUCCCGAAGCUCAAGGAAUGUGUUUGGUGGUAACGCAUCGAUAACACAGCUGCCUGUCUGUACCUUUCCUUCGACUGUUUCCCAAGCACAAACUUUUUGUUUUCUUCUUCGUCUUAUGUGAACAGUAACUCCUUCAUGUUGUUGGUUUAUCUUGUGUUUGUCAAACAUCAGUCAUCUGUUCCCAACUCUACAUUUUGCGCGCUUUUGUGCUCUAACGGAGCACGCACAUUAUAAAGCCACCAAGUGCAGAUCCAAGUCCAAAGAAUUGCGUAGAUGUUACGCCACGAAAAUUCGUAUAAAAUUUAUAAAGAAUACAAAAUAGAAAUCGUGGCGAACCAAUUAGAACGGUUUCUGGGAAACACACGACGUGCGCUAUUGUUGAUGGCUUCGUGCAUGCAGUCCUUUCAGCUGCCUGUUUGAACGCGCUGUGGAGCUUCGAGCAGGUGACUGACGCCGUGUCCGUCUCGUGUAUUACCUAUACAGAGGAUGUGAUCGGAAGGCGAUUAGGCAAUCGGUAUUCUCAAAAGCAAAAUGGACACUGGCACUUGCACUACUCUGACUCUUCGUAGAACAGUCUUUCUUGUUCGCGCCUAUGCAGGGCAGUCACGCAAUUUAAAUGAUGUGUCAUCAUUUGGACUACGUAACAUGCCUCUAUUGCAGUGCUGUAUUUGAUAAUUUCAAUAUCUUUUUUACUGAGGCAUUUCAAGGUUCACUGAAAGAAUGUGUCCAACUUUUAGUUUGAUGCGACUAAACCGCAAUCUGGGCACCAUGCCUCAUUGUAAAAGCCAUGAAGUUUAAUAAUACUAAUACAGUAAACCCUCUUUAUAACGAAUUCGCUUUUUUUUAAUUAUCUGUUUAUUCGAAGUCUCACGCUGCGGAAACGCAUGCGUUUCGAACCCGAUUACUCGAAAUUUCCUGCCAGCCGGCUCUGCCUAGUGCGAAGGGCGAGCUGGCGGAAGCGCGUACGGCAUAAGCUGACUGUGUUCUCUUUCUAUAUAAAAGCUGCCAAGGUGUUCAACGCCAAGGUUUGUUUGCUUGCUUGAAUACUGCAUGCCUGCACCAAGCUACUGUCACUGUUUUCGUGGUAUUUCGGCUGAUAUCAAAAUUUUUUGCGGUCCCGUUGACUUCAUUAUAGCGAUGGUUUACUGUAGCUCGAUAUUUUACGUCGCAAGGUAACUUAUCAUGAGCGACGUCACAGUCUGUGGAUUAAUUUUGCCCACCUGCGGUUCUAUACCUUUCGGGUUGGCAAAAUUAAUGUCAUGAAGCUCAGCAGAGAAAACUCACUGCACUUGAACUCACCUAUAUAGUGGGCUGAGUGGCGGUGCUUUCAUUUAGACCUUGCACACAUUCUUUUCAAAUUAGCAACUGAAUCGUUUUUCCCAUCAAAUCGUUUUUCACGUGGAAUUGUAUGUACUCACCAAAUGGCCAAAGUACAAACCUCUAUAGUACAAACGUAAUACCCUUUUCGCGUGUCACAUAUUGCCUUGCUUGUUAUACCGUUAGUGUAUGUCAGCAGGAAGAGGACUCACGAAAUAAAUGACUGAAGCUGACGGAUUGGCUUUUGCCUUUACCACGUGACCCGCACAGAGACCACUGAUCAGCACCUCACACUAGCAAUGAGACACACUACGGAAAUAAAUUGAGAGUACUUGAAUUACUGCAGGCAUUGCCCGCUUCAGCGACAGGCAUCAGUGAUAGGCACAUGCACGACCACUGGGUCGUUUAAGAAUGAUGCGGACCGGAGCACGUAAAUGCCAGAGGGAAUGCUCAAUGACACCUCAGGACCACAGGAGCAAUCUGGGCGUGAGACGAUUGCGCGGAACUUUGCAUGGCUGUGUGCGUGUUUGGUGACCGGGCAAGCAUACAUACUGGUUCGCUAGAGUCGCAUCCAACCGAAGAAAGGCACCCCGGGAGGUCUAGGAACACGUUGUAGCCGUUCGAAGCAUUCGUCCCAUAAAAAUGACGUUCGCAAACGGUAAGCGUAAUAUGAAUGGAUGUCGCCUUCCUUUGGCGACUUUGAGCAGCGAGAAAAAGGGCUAUAUGUCUGGCAAUGCCUGGCAAUCGGACUGAACGCAACUACAGACCUCACCUUCUCAGAGGAUACACUGAGAAUGCAUACAGCUGUGCGUACUUCUUUGCCGCUCAGAUGGUGAUUGCUUCCUCUGACCUGAGGUGGAAUGCGUAGUCUGUGCUACACGAUUGUACGGGGCAUCGCGACUGCAGUUCGCUAUAGCGAACUUCACGGUAUAUUACACUCUGGUGUUGACAGCCUCUGGGUGUUGAGGCAAGAUGAGCGCUGUGGUAAUUGUUCGUAUUGUUAUGUUUUUCUUCAUUUGCCCCUUAUUGCACAGUGUGGAUACACCUAAUUGUCGCCAGAAUAUUGUUCUGUCCUGCCGUAUCGUCACAGCGUAGCAUUGAUCUCGAUACUUUCGAUCUCGAUGUAUGAUGUUCUGCAUUGCUCUGCAUUCUAACAUUUGACCUCGGCAUUACUAAUACUUGUAUAUGAUGAUCUUGUUAUAUGCUUGUUAUGUAGUUUGUAUUUUUACUACUUGUGAAGAACUGUCUUAAUGAUUCGCAAAAUUUAUAUGGUGCUAUGGUAAUGUACUUGUUGUUCCAUGCAAAAAAUACUGUCAUCCAAUGGCUGUAAUUUUGUUUGCCUUCUGCAUAUAUUGCAUCAUUGUGCAUAAAUCUUAGCGUGUUCUUCUACUCUCCUAUUGCGCACUUUAAAUGUUUAACCAAAUCGUUGCCUUUUUAUAAAGUGAAAAUGAAGUCGCACUGUUGAAAGUUUGCUGAACUCUUUUGGAGUAUCAUCAAACUUCUCUUGUAGAUGAGAAUGCGUAUGUAUCGUUACCUGUGUCUGAAUGCUGUCAUUCUCGAAAAUUGACUGUAUACAUCUUUGAAAGAUAUCAACUUACUGCA